UCAAAUGUCAUAACACAGUCAUAACCUAUUUUAAAUUUUUUUGCCAAAUAAGAAACGCAAGUGAUAAAAGAAUACUGUAAAUUUAACCAUUGUCACAAUGAGAGCUCUAAUUAAACGGUUAACGCCGUAUUCUAAUUUGAACUUGCAGCAAUUAGUAGCUUCUACACGUCUUUUUUCAUCUUCGAGUGAUGCUCAAAAGGACGAAUUGAAAACGUCUUCAGAAGUAAGAAAAAAUAUUGUCGUGGAAAAGUAUGGCGGUAUAACAACCCUGAAUAUAGAUAGGCAGCCAACACGUAACAGUCUUGAUGAAGCUACGCUUAGAGAGAUGGCGGCAGCCCUUGAUGCUUUCGAGAAGGAUCCAGAGUCGAAAGUUCUGGUGUUUAAUGGAGAAGGAGGUAGUUUUUGCUCUGGCUUUGAUCUAGACGAGAUUGGGGCGAAGGGUUACAGUGUUCUCACUGAUGCUGCUGCAAGACUCCUCCGCCGGCCACUCUGUGAUAAGCCAACCAUAGCAGCAGUUCAGGGUUAUGCAGUGGCUGAAGGCUUUGAAUUGGCUUUAGCUUGCGAUUUGAGGAUAGUGGAAGAAACUGCGAUCUUAGGUUGUCUUGGAAGGAGGUUUGGUGCACCACAAAGCCUUUUCGGUGGUAGGCGUCUCACAUCUCUCAUAGGUCUCUCCCGUGCUCUGGACUUGCUGAUAACUGGCCGGCCUAUAUCUGGGAUUGAUGCUAAUACCAUGGGCCUAGCCUGUAAACUCACUGCAACUGGCACUGCUUUAGGAGAAUCAAUCAAACUUGCCAAAUCGUUAACGAAAUUCCCACAAAAUGCACUAAUCAUGGACAAAUUAGCGGCUGUUAAUUCUCAACUGAACCCCAACAGUGAAGAGAGCAUGCGAGAUGAAGCCAUCAUGAGCAGUUUGCUUGGCUCCGCCAUUGAGGAUCUGAACCAGGGUGUUAAGAAGUUCCAAGGAGGUAUUGGCAAACACGGCAAAUUCUACAGACUAACAGAUAUGCCACUAAAAGACUGGGAGCUUGAAGAAACUUUGGAAGAGAUCACAGUUACUGUCGAAAAGGAUCCUAAGGACAAGAAGUCCUAAUCUAUUUUCUAUAUAUAUAUUCAGCGUAAUUAUAAGUUGCAUAUUAACUAGUCGCGAAAUGCCCUGAAGUUGGUCACAGUUGGAAGCGGUUUUGUUGGUUGUGUAUACAGUGGUAGCUAACUUCACUAUGGUGUAUUAUCGAAUAAAGUAUUUAAUUUCGUUUUA